AUGCCGGCUCCGACCUACAUCAUCGGCAAGGUCGCUGACCCGAUCUUUGCUCUCUUCAUUGGGUUGUCUGCAGCAGCAACGAGGAUCAACCGCGAGGAGAAGGACAAGGGCAGGUCGACGUCUGAGACAAUCAACGCUGGUCUGAGGCAUGAGAACGGGUCUAUCCAAGCAUAA